CUCUCUCUCUCUCUCUCUCUCUCUCUCUCUCUCUCUCAUUACUACGCGGCGUCGAUCAUAUCUCUGAUGGAAGAAGAAGGUAUGGUGGUGAACCAACAAGGCCCUCCUGAUGAGCUGAUGGCCUUGCCUCCUGGUUUUCGUUUCCAUCCUACCGACGAGGAGAUCAUCACUUUCUAUCUCACGGAGAAGGUGGCCAACAGCAACUUCGCCGCGGCAGCGAUCGGUGAAGCCGAUUUGAACAAGUGUGAACCUUGGGAUUUACCCGACAAGGCAAAGAUGGGGGAGAAGGAGUGGUACUUCUUCUGCCAGAGAGACAGAAAGUAUCCUACUGGCAUGAGGACGAAUCGAGCGACGGAAUCUGGAUACUGGAAAGCUACCGGAAAAGAUAAAGAGAUUUUCAAGCGGAAAAUCAUUGUCGGGAUGAAGAAGACUCUUGUGUUUUACACCGGCAGAGCUCCCAAGGGUGAGAAGACCAACUGGGUCAUGCACGAAUAUAGACUCCAUGGCAACCUUUCUAAGCCUUCAGCUAAGGAUGAAUGGGUUGUGUGUAGGGUUUUUCACAAGAACAUGGGGAUUAAAAAGACUAGUACUAGUCCAUUGUCUCCGACUGAUCAAGGCGUUGACGGCGGCCAGCAGCUAAGGCUCAACUCUUUUGGGGACGAUUUCUUGGAUUAUUCUUCUUCGCUCCCACCUCUCAUGGAUCCUACUCCUUCCUACGACAAGCCUGCUGCAGGCUCUUACGGCGGCUACCGUGUCGACUAUGGAGAGCACAACGACCACUACUCCAAAGGAAACAUCACAGCAGCACCACUAUCAAUACCAGGAGCAGCCAAUAAAAAUAUAAUUCCAGCAAGUAUGCAAUACCACUUUCAAGAUGGAUCUUCCGCUCGUCAGGUCAACAAAUUUCAGCUUCCCAACGCUGUUGCCGCCGCCAGUAGCUACCAAAUGAGUAACCCAAUGGCAACCCCCACCAUGUUAUACCCUCAGACUCAUCAUCAUCACCAGCUGAUCCCGAACCCACCCUUCUCUUUUCAGCUAAAUAAUAGUUCUGAUUAUUACUUGCAACAAGAGAUUAGGGGUCCCAGGACUUCAGUCCCAAAUAAUCAAGGCUACUCUUUCAACUUUCAAAGCAGCACAAUUGAUCAUCAGGCCAUUUUAAGAGCAAUGGCUGCAGCUAACAACAACAACCACAACAUCGAAUCAUCAGCAACAACAGCAGGCUCAGGAGGCUUAGAUAGUAGACAGUGCAAGGUGGAGCAGUAUUCAUCCAACCAGUCUAUGUUUAGCGUCUCACAAGACACCGGAUUGAGCACCGCGGAUAUGAACACCACCGAAAUAUCAUCAUCACUCGUCUCAAAGCAAGAAAUCGAGGUCGGAAGCAGCAACAAAUUAUAUGAAGAUCAUCCUGACAGUCCAUCAAUUGUCCCCAUUUCGGACAUUGAAGGCUUGUGGGACUAUUGACAUUCGGAGCUAAUUUCACUAGCUAGCUAGCGUCUUAAUUACUGCUGCUAAUUUCUUGUUCUUUAAUUUCAGUCUCAAUUUCAUAGGUGAUUAAUUUGUUACUGUUAUUGCAUAUACAAUACUGUAAAUGGUACUAGCUGGUACGUACAUAUAUACAUGUAGUGGUACUAGCUAGCUUUAAGAUUCAUUACAUUGAUUCGUUCAAGUAAAUCUCAUGUAAUGCACGUACUUAAUUACGUAUAAAUUGCCUCAUGUAAAACUCAUAUAUAAGA